AUGACACGCAUGUAUCAAGAAUUCAAAGAUCAAGGUAAGGUAAGGGAUGAAGAAAAUGUAAUAAAUGUUAUUGGACGUAAUAUUGACAUCAGUUUCCUUGAGAUAUUAUCCGAAAGGGGGUUCAAGGGAUAUUUGACGAAUAAAGUUGUUUGUAAAGGUUCGUGUUGGAUAUAUGGUACACAAGUGCAGAAUGCAGAAUGCAACAGGUUGGAGAAGUAG